AUGCACGUCACGGCGGUUGCCAACGCCGUCGUCAGCCUCUUCUACUUCUUGCUGGUGCUCCUAGUCAAGGCCCGUUGGCACGAGAUUUCCGUCCUGGUUGUGAUUCUCAACCAAAUAACCGUCAGUGUGUGCGGGUUUUUGACCGUCAGAAUGUGGAUCUACACCAACGACGCCCGGCUGAUGCAGGCUAGCUCCACCAUGCUCAGGAUCUCCUCGGUGCUGGAAGAGAAAAACGGACAGCGGUUGUCAUACCUGGUGCUCUCGACAGGACCGGUCGUCGCGACGGUGCUCGCCUUGCUCGGCCGCACGGAGGCGGCCGCUAAGCUCGUGGCUGUGACGUUCAUCAUGCUGAUUGUCUUCACCGACACAACCUUCUGGAUUUUCGGGAGAGCUUUGCUUCGGGCGAUCGACGCUUCUCUCCAAAACUCGCGAAUGAGGGCGAUGAAGUCCGUGUUUGAAGAGGACAGGAGGGAGUCUGUGCUUGCGACCCUGGGUGGUACGGAGGCGGACGAGGAACGCGGGAGGCGUGGGAGCGGUGAAUCAGCAGGGGAAAGAGGGGAAAGAGGUAGUUCGUCGAGGACCUGGUCAUCCGUGGGGCCUCGGAGAAGAGGAUCGUGGUGGGGUGGUGAGGGAAGGGACGAGUCGGAGUUAGGGGACGGCGAACUCCAGGCGGCCAAGAGAAAGGUUCGGUGGGCCAUGGGGUUUUGCGCCCACAUGAGCCUUCAGGGGUACGCCAUCCUCCUGUUCAGCAUAUUCAGCAAGUACGGCACAUCCAUGCCAUUGAUUCUGUUUGGUGUGCAGAUGACUAUUGUACCGCUGGUCUGGCACGCCUUCAACAUACAGCUGCACGCGGGGCGGAGCCGGGGGUCGGCGAUCGGAAGGCGGUCGUCGGGGGUAGACCGGGGAGGGAGGCGUUACGUUGUACCAGCCGUCGGAACCGGUAUAGGUAAUAACGUGGGGCAGGUGAACACCACCUCGCAGCAGGGGCAGCAGCAGCAGCAACAGAAACACCAAAAGUGUAUUGGAGGAGUCGGCAAGUGGAGAAAGUACGGGCCAGUGCUCCGGGGGCGUGCCGUGGCCCCGACUGAGACGGACGAGGCGGCAGCAGCCAUGGACGCGGUCACCGGCGAGACGAACACGAAUGCGCGUACGGGAACAACUCACCCUGCUGACGGAUCCAUGAGUUAA